AUGCUUAAAAUUGUAUUCCUAACGCUUCUGGUGGUUAGCAGUGUUUCUGCAAUCUGCAAAACUCUUUUUUGUCCGAAACAACCCGGAAGUCAAAUUUCAUGCGAUCAAUGUCACACAUGCCUCAAUACGGGAUCUAGGUACUGUUAUACUUCUGAUCAGAAGAAUUGCCAAUGCGCUACAGCUCCGGAAGUGCGAUGUGUUCAGGAAAAUCCGUCUGCGUCAUUUUUGAACUACACAUUUUGUUUGUUAUUAGAUGAUAUGUCGAUUCCGACACCAGAAAUAGUCAAUCUUGAUUCUCACUCGGUGUCUGCAGUGGUCGCAAGAUUUUUUCAAGAACCACCUUUCGACAGUCUCAAGCCUUCAUACUUGUACCUUUUAGCUUUAUUUGAAAAAACGAAAGACUCAAAAUGUAAAACUGUUGGCAGUAUUGAAGCAUACGAUAGGCAAAAUUCGAAAUGCCUCAUUCGUGUGAGAUUGCAAAUGCCGAAAAUUGAUUAUACGGGGACAGAGAAUUAUUAUUAUGACGAUCGCUCUCCGUUAGAAACUCAAUUUUCUCGGGAUAUUUUUGGGGAAGCCAAGUUCAUCAUGUUUUGGGCAGAAACGACUGUAAGAAAAGAAGAAAAGCUUCAAAAUGGAAGUGCGUCGUUUACCACAGUUUUGCGAUCGAAGAGAAUACGCCACGAGUUAAAUUAA